UGCAUUGCAACGCCUUCUUGAUGAAGCAAAUUGCGUACAGCAUUCUGCAACAGCUACAAUCGAGAACCUCCAGAAGAACCCUGAAGCUCUCGCAGCCGUUGCUCUGACUCUUGCCGAAAUCUCCAAUCUCGUCGCCAAAAUGAGUCCCGGCGCCAUCAUGGCGAUGAAGAGCGCCUUUCCCGCUAUACUCGCUCUGCUCGCGAGUCCGCAAUUCGCCAUCGCUGCUGGUGUCGGCGUCGGCGUCACGAUCAUCGCCUUCGGCGGCUACAAGAUCAUCAAGAAGAUCAAAGCAAGGGAUGAGAAGAAGUUGCUUGAGGAUGGUGUUGCGAUCCCGGAAAGUCCGACCGAGGAGAUGGACGAGCUGCGCGAACUUGAUCGAAUCGAAAUGUGGCGUCGUGGUAUCGCGGACGAGCAGGCUGCAAGCUCGGUCGGAACCAGCGUCGAGGGCAAUUUUGUCACCCCUGGCGCGACGCGGACAUUGAUUGAGGAGGGAAAGAUCACAGAGGCGGACCUUAAGCCGAAGGAGAAGAAGCAUCGCAAAAAGAAGUCGCGGAGUGAGGCGAGUGGAUCUACAAGCAAGACGAGUAAGACGAAGAAGACGAAAGCUUCGAAGGAACCGUCAAUGUUCCGGUCGCUCUUCAAAGGGAAUGCAUGAACAUGGUUGAGAUUUCGGUGGAUUUGGUCAGAUUUGCAUGUGAGCGCUUGAGCGAAUGACGUUGGAAUCAUGUGCCUAUAUAGCAGGGCUUUACAGAUGAAGAAUGAA